AAUGCCAAGACUGUGAGGAAUGACAACUCCUCACGCUUUGGUAAAUUCAUCAGAAUCCACUUUGGGGCCACAGGCAAACUGGCUUCUGCUGACAUUGAAACUUAUCUGCUGGAGAAGUCCAGAGUCACUUUCCAGCUCCCAGCAGAGAGAAGCUACCACAUCUUUUAUCAGAUCACGUCCAACAAGAAACCAGAGCUAAUAGACAUGCUCCUUAUUACCACCAACCCAUACGAUUUCCAUUAUGUGAGUCAAGGCGAGAUUACUGUUCCCAGCAUUGAUGACCAAGAAGAGCUUAUGGCUACAGAUAGUGCCAUUGACAUCCUGGGCUUCACUGCUGAUGAAAAGACUGCCAUCUACAAGCUGACAGGGGCUGUCAUGCACUAUGGGAACUUGAAGUUCAAGCAGAAACAGCGAGAGGAGCAGGCAGAGCCAGAUGGCACAGAAGUGGCUGAUAAGGCUGCCUACCUCAUGGGCCUGAACUCAGCUGAAUUGCUCAAAGCCCUGUGUUAUCCUCGAGUUAAGGUUGGGAAUGAAUUCGUGACCAAAGGUCAAACUGUGUCACAGGUGCACAACUCAGUUGGUGCUCUGGCAAAGGCUGUCUAUGAGAAGAUGUUCUUGUGGAUGGUUAUUCGCAUCAACCAGCAGCUGGAUACCAAGCAGCCCAGGCAGUACUUCAUUGGUGUCCUGGACAUCGCUGGCUUUGAGAUCUUUGAUUUCAACAGCUUUGAGCAGCUGUGCAUCAACUUCACCAAUGAGAAACUGCAACAGUUCUUCAACCACCACAUGUUCGUGCUGGAACAGGAGGAGUACAAGAAGGAAGGCAUUGAAUGGGAAUUCAUUGACUUUGGGAUGGACCUGGCUGCCUGCAUUGAGCUCAUUGAAAAGCCCAUGGGCAUCUUCUCCAUCCUGGAAGAGGAGUGCAUGUUCCCCAAGGCAACUGACACCUCUUUCAAGAACAAGCUCUAUGACCAGCAUCUGGGCAAGUCCAGCAACUUCCAGAAGCCCAAGCCUGCCAAAGGCAAG